AUGCGGCAGCAGGAAUCUUUCUCCAGGCGACAGACCUACCUCGAGGACCGGUUCUACCUGAGGCGGCACGCGACGCGGGGCAGCGUAAAAAUCGAAGAGCGAACCACCACGCAGCCUGACUACCAAGCUCACAACACCACCGACCACGACUCAUCCACACCAAGCACGCGAGACUGCAUCCAAAAGCUCCUGCGCGCGCCCCUCGGACCCAACACGAGACCGGACUACGCAAACGAGGGCGCAACGGCCGUCAUGAUGCAGGCCGGGGUGGGGACGCUGGAGACGGACAGCCCGACCCUGCAGCCGAGCGCGCGCCAACGCGCCCGCCAGCGGAAGAGGAACGCUGCCGAGCCAACGCCAGCAAGGGGACCGCAGAGCGUUGCCAACACGAGGAUGCCACUUCCGUCCAGCGACAGCCCACGAUGCUACCACCACGUCCUGCCCGCGCCGGGCCGACAAGGGCAACGCAGAACUGCAGCUACCGCCAAUGCCCUCCCGCCACCCUUGCUCACACCGGCAGCCCCGCAGCUCCCAGAAACGGGAGCCACCGCUUCUACCUGGCGCGCAAAGGCGACGAGGGCAAGCCCUCGCACCAGAGCCGCGCGCAAACGGGCGGCCGCAGCAGGAGAAGCAGCAGAAAGCACCUUGCACCAGCAGAGCGACCACCGCGACCACCCACACCACGCGCAGCAACACCAGCGCGACGAGGAGCACCACAGCGGCAACAACGCCCACGACUGCGACCAGCACCACGCGCAAGAACACCAGCGCACAGCACAACGCAGCGACCAAGACCACCACGACGUGCACCACCACGAGCAGCAGCACCAGCGCAACCCCUCCAAAAGCCGCCGCGACGCGCGAUGGGGUUACCGAGGCGUUCGAGAAGUGACCCCGCACCAUGGGGCGGGCAGGGACACACCAACACAGGAGGCAUGCUGUGGCGCCCACUUCCACUUGGGCUGCCGCGCCGACUUGGCCCGCCACCUUGGCGAAGCCACCACUUGCCCGCAGUGCCGAGCCAGACUCCCGACCACCGCCGAGUUACGGGCAUGGUGCGCCGCGCAGGGCGUGGACAUAGACCGACCGCCGCCCCCGGCCCGCGACGCCAGCGCCCAGGCCGUCCCAGAUUACAGUGGGUUUCGAAGCUACGCGCGAGGCGAAGAACCACCACCACGGGAGCCACCGCUGCUCCGAGCGCUCUGCUGCCGACGCCUCGGCCCACCGCCCGAAUUCUCCGAAGUGCCAGACCGCCGCGUGGAAUGGUCCCCGGAGAUCGCUGCACGCGACACCAACGGGAUGAUCACGCAGUGGCUUGAGUCAUGGCUUUGCCCACGCUGCGGGGCGCGCUGCGCCGUCGACGCGAUCGCGCCACAGAGCGGCCAACAGAUGUGCGCGAGGUGCCUAGAGCAGGGCGCGUGGACCGCGGAAGCCGGCACGGCCGAAGGCGAAUGGAGGUGCGCUUUGUGCGAACCAGACGCAUGGACCAGAGAAGCACGCACCAACUCGGCAGUGCACGUGCCCCUGCUGCUAGCAGCCGCCGGGCUUUUAGACCCAAGCGAAGGGGCGCAGUGGAGUGAGCACCGCCUCACACAGGCGCCCCAGGAGCCGGAGCUGCCUGGAGACCAGCACGCGAACGGCCCUGCCGCCGUGGUGGGCAGAGGAGGCCCGAGCAGCGGCAGCGACGACGGAAACACGGGCGCGGAGGAGGGAGACGCCAACGACGGCGGCAGCAACUCCAGCACUGAGGAGACCGACCACGAGGCCGAACCAGCGCAGGCCCCAGCCCCGAGCAACGGACCCACCGAAGAGUCCUGGGCAGCUCUCGGGGGCAUCGACCUCCAACAAGAGCUACGGAGAUUCGUGCCGACACUACAGAACGUGCCGCGUUUCCUGCGCGCGGAGACCCGGAUGGCGUUCACCACGGCCCUGCAGAGGAUCAAGCGAGGACACGACCAGGGCAACCAAGCAACAACCCACCAAGGAUGGACACUGUUCCUCCUCGCCUCGAGGCUCCUGCUAAGCAAGCCCAAGGGCGCCGACGCCGAGGGCCGACAAGAGCUCUUGGAACGCGCCCAACGGUUCCGCCAGGGCGACUGGCUGGCCCUGCUACACGAGGCCAACACCACGGCCGGCGCGCGCGCAGCGCCGAGGCCAGCCACAGAGGAGCAACAGCAGGAGAGACGCAGAGAACAGGCUUGCGCGCACGUCCGAAACGGCAACCUGUCACGGGGGAGACAGGUCUUGACCGCGGUGGCGAUUGCGCCCGGCAACGGGGAGACACUAAACAGGCUGCGGGACCCGGCCCGCCGACCGCCUACCCUGGGCCGCCGACUACCCGCCAACCUCGACCGCGCAACCGACAGAGCGAGACUCGACAAGACCAAAUUCCUCGCUUGCCUCCGGUCCGCCAAGAAGGGCACGGCAGCAGGACCGUCGGGGGUCCGCGUUGAGCACCUCAAGCCGCUGCUGGAACACGAAGAGUCCAUGGACCUGCUUGGAUUCGCCGCCGCUGCCCUCGCGGAGGCGCGGGUGCCCUCCCCGAUUGCCCGCGCUCUAGCCCUCUGCAAGAUGACGGCGCUCCAGAAACCAGACAACGCGGCCUACUGGGGCGCUUGGGCAGACGCCCUACACAUGCUCCACCAACGGCGCCCCGUUGAAGCUGCAGCGAUCAGGGACCUCCUCGACGGCACCAGGCCCGGCCGUAGGGGCAACCUUGCCGCAGCCGCCGCGGCCGCACAGCUGCUCGAAACCGAAGGCUUCCGGAGACCUUCCUGGACCGACCUGCUCCAGGGGCUGCGCCCAGAAGCGCCGCCGCGCUCGGAGGCCGCCGAACCGGGGGAAUGGCAGCACGGCUGGCAGUUCCACGCUUGUUCCGCACGCAACACACACUACAGGGACAACGUGUUCAUGCCCAGCCUCACCAGGGCCAACCAGGCCAUGCUAAGGUCAGGCUCAGGACCGAGGGCCGCCUACUGGCUUCACACCUUACCCACCACCGAGGGGCACGUGUUCAAGCCCGCGCGGUUCCUGGCAGCCCUGCGCCGGCGCCUCAGGCUCCCGCUGCCGCUCCUCCCGCACACCUGCGGGGCAGCCGGCCACCCAGGCUGCCGGGCCCGGCUGGACACGCUGGGAGACCACCUAGCCGCGUGCCCACGCACGGGGCUUCUCGCCAGACGCGCGAAACCGCUCGAACGAGCUUGGGCGAGGGUCGCCAGAGAAGCAGGAGGGAGAGUUGUCCCCCAACAGCUGCUGCGGGACACUAACGCCGUUGUCCACAACCCGCUGGACCGCAGACAAUUAGACCUAGUCGUCUACGGCAUCUCGCCGAACGGCGUCCCGCUGUGCUGCGACAGCACCAUGGUGUCCCCCCUCCGCAGGGACGGCUGGCACCGGCCGCGCACCUUCGACACCGACGGCGCCGCGCUACUUGGGGCCGAAAGGCGCAAACGACGCAGGUACCACGAACUCACGACCGGCCAUUCAGGCCGCCUCAUGGUCCUCUCCUGCGAGGUCGGAGGCAGGUGGGGCCGCGAUUCCCUCCAGCUGGUACGCCUGCUUGCCAAGCAGAAGGCGCGGGCCGCGCCGGCCCUCCUCCGCCGCUCCGCGGAGCUCGCGUACACCAACCGCUGGUGGGGGUUCCUGAGCGUCGCGGCCCAGGACUCGCUCAUGGCCACCCUGACGGGCGACGGCUACCUAGCCUUGGGGGGAGCCGCCGGGGAGGACGACCCAGACCUGGCCGAAGUGCUGCUCGCAGACUCCGCCGGCCCACCCGCUAGCCGCCUGCCAGCACGCCCCUGA